GAUGCCAGGCACGAGAUCAGUCACUUCUGAGCGUGCCCCAUCCACCAGGCACUCUGCUCGUUUGGCAUCUAAACCAGCUCCUCCCCAGAACGGUCGCUCUACCAGAGGGGCCAAGGUGCAGGAGAAGACUGCUCCAGUUGGCAAGAAAACUGCUCCAGCAGUAAAGAAAGCAACUUCAGCAGCCAAGAAAGCAGCUCCAGUGGUCGAGAAAGUGGCUCCACUGAAGGAGGAGAAGGAGAAUACAAUUGUUGAGGACACUUCUGCAGAGGUUGAUGUAGAACCUGCACAGAUAGAUGAAGCCACUUUUACAGUAACCAAGAGCGGGCCAUCCCUGCUUACUGACACAUUUGGUAAACGGGUGGAUUCACUUUCCGUAUGGAUGUACCAGAACUCCCCUUCACGCCGAUCAGCCCUGCCAGUGCGUCCAUUUUCCUCUUUCCUUCUGUGAAGUCAAACACGAAGCUCACCCCAUCUCAGCGCAGAUGCUCAACACCAUACUCACUGAGGCCGCUGAGUAAACUAGAACAGACCCCAGGACGAGAGCUUAUUCCCCCUCAACCUAACAUCACAGAGGAGGAAGAUGUUGCCAUGGAAAUAAAGUCAUGUGACCCUGUAAACCUUGAGGAAAGCAAGAGACCAGUGACAGAAAUGCAAGCGAUUGAGAAAAAUGAGAGGAUACCACUGCCUCAGGAAGAGGUUGCCAUGGAAAUGGGAGACUCAGUGAAAGUUGAAACUGUUGACCAAGAAGAGAUCAUGUCUGUAGAGCCUAUGUCAAUAGCACCAGAAGAGAGUAAACCUGAGAAUACAGCUACCUCACCCUCUGAGAAAGAUGUACCCUACUUCAAGAGUUUGGUAUCAUCCGAGACCACAAGACUUCUUGACCGAUGCAGUGUCUGGGAGAACAUCUUGUCUGAUAGUGACUUAUCAGAAGAAGUGUGUGGUGAGGUACGCAGUGCCAUCGGCAAGGCAAAACUGCUGAUAGACCAGCGCUUCAAACAGUUCCUUGGCCUUAUCAAGAACUGUGAAUUUGGACUUGGCGAGAAGGUCACCCAUUGCUCUGACCUAGAAGGAUUCUGGGAAAUGAUUUACUUCCAGGUGGAGGAUGUGGAUGCGUUAUUCAAAGAACUUGAGAAGUUAAAAGAAAAUAAUUGGGAGAGAGAGGAGAAACAGGUGGCCAAACCUAAGGUGAUGAAGAAGAAGAAGCCAGUCAGCAAGAAGCCAGUUGGAGGUGAUGCUGCCGCCAAGCGUACCGCUGCCAGGGAGAGACUACUAGCCGCCAAAGCAGCCAUGCAGGCCAAAACGACACGAAAGGCAGAGUCAGAGAAGAUUGUCUUCCAAGGGGGAUUCUUCAAAGUUGAGAGUCCAGCCAGAAAGGCCACACCUGCCAAGACCAAGGAACUGCGUGAAGAUGGAUUAAGCCGUCAAGCUCUUCAGACCAUGACCAAUAUCAUGGCUAGUCCAGCACUAGCCACACGCAGUCCAGGCUUGUUAAAGAAGACCGGUGCAAUGGCCAGCCCAGCACACAUCACACGCAGUCCAGCCUUGUUAAAGAGGUCCAGUGCAAUGGCCAGUCCUGCAUCCACUAUGUGUAGUCCAGCCCUAAGGAAGAUGACCAUUAUGUCCAGUCCUGGAUCCAAUCAUUGCAGUCCAGCUCUUCAGAAGAGGGCCGGUAUGAUGGAAGCUCCCGUAACCAACCUAUGCAGUCCACUCAGGAGAAGGACAAGAAAGAGUUCGUUGGGGCUUGGAUUGGGUCAGGCGCCAUCCCUCUUCACACCGGAGAAAGAUAGCCCAGUGAAAGAAGCUGUAGUCCAGGACCUCAUAUCGUGGGACUAAAACUUGUUCGCUCAGCUGUUGUCGCAUCACUUCAGUCAUGUCAUGCUGAGGAAUCUCUCAGUGCCGGUGCUCACACGUUCAGGAAAAUGCAGGUGCUAUUCAUGCUAUUCAUAAAAGCUUAUGUCAGCAGUGAAUGACAUUUUUAGUAAGAGAAUCAUUAUGAAUGGCAGCACAACUGUUGACACUAACAUGCUUUUGUCAAGUGACGAACACGAUCAUGUGACCGGUAUUAUAGAAGGACAGCCAUUGCUGAAACUCAUAAUGGAAUCUAUGUGGUGAAGGCGAUAUUACAUGUAAACUAUUUUUAAUUGAUGAAACGUUCAUAGCCAGCGACUAAGAAACAUUGAUCUACCUUGUCAUACACAGACUACCUCCGUCAUGAGACUGUCAUAUAAUAUCCCAGGAAAUUCUAGAUUUAGCAAAGAUGGCAGAACUGGUCAGAUUCUCAAUGACGUGUAUUGGAAUUACACUACAUGAAAAUGAAUAUCAUUUGGUGACUUACAUAGACAAAGAUCUGAAUUACCAUGUCUUGUCAUUGAUGGGAGAUACUACUUAUGCUACAUUGUUACUUAGUCUAAUAUUUGGUCCAACUCAGUCCUUUCAACACCGCAGUGGCUUAAGAUUGCACCAAAUUGAUAGAAAAUCAACUGGUUUGUAGUAGAGCCAAUUGUUCUACAUAUUUGUUUUAUUCACCAACCAGCUCAAUUGUCAUUUGUCUCCUACCCACUUGAGUCACAGACUAAUUCUUGCUAGACGUAAUAGGUAGCAGACAUGAAAGGAUCCCAAAUCAAUAUUUAUUUUACUCCACAACUAUUUACUCUAUGUUUAUUAUGAAUUCAGAUAUACACUUAGUAAUACAUGCAUUUCUUAAAAAAGAAUUUCAUCCAGUAGCUCAAUGUGGUACAUGUAUGGAAUAUAGAGAGGGUAAUUAUGGGCUUCAUUUUGUAACUAUACUCAUCGUUUUAAGACCUCUGUUAUACCAGAUUUCCUUAGUAGUCUCUGGGCGCCCUGACCAGCCUCAGGCAGGUUUCUAAUCCGGUGUAAAUGCACAAGCCGACCCGGGACCUCUUCUGAGCAAACCUAUCUCGGACCAACUCGCGAUGUGUUCCGAGACCGGUCUCGGGGUGCCCCAUGACUGCUUUGGAUUUGGUGUAAACGCAAACCUGCCAGAGACAUGUCUGAGACAGGUUUGCUUGAUGCACUACACGUGGAACGAUUAUCCAAACAUAGUGCGCGCUUUCCCCUCUGCCAAACCUAUCUCGGACAGCUUCGAUAAUUCAAUGUAAACGCAUAGAAAGCUGUCUUGGGGUACCCCAAGACUCGUGACGAUUCUGGUGUAAUAGGGGGUCAAAAAUUUAGGUCAACUUUUUGGUCUUAGUUGUCAUUGAAUAUUUCAGUACUAAAGUAUUAGAGGUAACUAGUCCCACUUGGUCCCAUCCCAAAAUCCGAGGAAAUAUGCCUUCGACUGUAGCCAUGUUUAGAUUCACCAACUUAUCCGACGAGUUUCCGCAACAUUCAAAACGGUAGUAGAAUUGUAUUGAAACAGACAAAUAUAUAUUCCCAAACAUUCGAGAUGAAUUUCUAGUGGGUUGAUCUUAUAUAGGAGCCAUGUGGUCGCUAGCAUUGGUGAAUCAAAUAGCAAUUCACUGACAUUUCCAAAGGCCGUUUGCAAAAGCUGAAGACUAGUGCAAACCGUUUAGUGCUAGCGACUGUUUAAUUGAUUUUCAAAGAAAUUUGAAACAUGUUCAACAUUAUUUUCACUGUGACAAGAAAAACUGUUGGAAUCGUGAAAACUGUCAAAAAGACUUUCUUGCAAUCUGUUAGAAACUUUUUGAAACCUUUUAUGACCCUUGGCAAAAAUACCGAUUGGACCAUUUACCAGUUUGGUCUAUUUUUCACUUUGCCCCUGUCCACUACCUUCCAACCCAUUGACAAGAUUCCUGACCCCUCACCAUUUUGCACAAUUAAAUCUGUAUCUUGGAAAGCCCUCCCUGGGACCUUUGGUGCAACAUUUGAAACUGAAAUAGCGAUGCCCAUGUAUGCACUUCUGAAGUUACACAACACUUUGUGUGUGUGUCAGACCCAAAAUUGCUCAAAAAUAUGAUUUUUUGCACAAAUCCAGUCAAUCUUAUUGAAAUGGCUUGCCUUAUUUUAUAUUGUUUGGUAUCCGGAAAGUAUUGCCACCAAUUCCAUAGGAAAUUCAAUAAAC